CGUUAUCCAGAUAAAGUUUACUAUUUUAUAGCUACCACCCAGAGCUUUAAAUUUUUAUUAAACCUUACAAUUUAAUUGCCUCAACGUCGUCGUCGGGGCACUCUAUUUUUGUAUUGUUUUCGAUACAAGUCGUCUCGAGUUACUGUUUUCAAAUCUUAAGAAAAACCAUAAGAUUUAAUGAAGACUUUUUUCUUAAUUGUGGGAUUACUUUUGAGUAUCACCUUUGUAAAUGCCCGAGAUGAACCCGCUACUGGACCAUCUGGAACAGUUUGUGAAUCGGCAGGUGGUUCGUGCAAAGGUCUUCCAGAUGGCGUUAAGAUAGGAUACAAAAAUGACUGCACAAAAUUCAUUCAGUGUUUCUUGGAAUGUGGAUGUGAUAUGGAAUGUCCUGCUGGAUUACAUUUUAACAGCGAGAGGCAGGUUUGUGAUUGGCCAACAAGUGCUAAGUGUGAUCCAUCGUAUGUCGGGCCACCUACUGGACCUUCCGGAAUUGAGUGCGAAUCACCUGGAGAAUUAUGUAAAAAUGUGACAGAUGGUGCUUUUAUUGCAAAUGCUACUGAUUGCACCAAGUACAUUGUGUGCUUGAUGGGGUGUGAAAUCAGUACGAACUGUCCGAGUGGAACUCAUUUCAGCACAACACUUAAACGGUGCACUUUCCCAACUGAAGCUGGCUGCGAUUCAAAUGAAACUUUUAAUCCACCAGGUCCAUCUCCACCAGGCCCAUCUCCACCAGGUCCAUCUCCACCAGGUCCAUCUCCCCCAGGUCCUUCUCCUCCAGGUCCAUCUCCACCAGGUCCAUCUCCACCAGGUCCGCCUCCACCAGGUCCAUCUCCACCAGGUCCAUCUCCACCAGGUCCAUCUCCCCCAGGCCCAUCGCCACCAGGACCAUCUCCACCAGGUCCAUCUCCCCCAGGCCCAUCUCCACCAGGCCCAUCUCCACCGGGUCCAUCUCCACCAGGCCCAUCUCCACCAGGUCCAUCUCCACCAGGUCCAUCUCCACCAGGUCCAUGUACACCAGGUCCAUCUUCACCAGGUCCAUGUUCACCAGGUCCAUCUUCACCAGGUUCAUGCACACCAAGUCCAUCUUCACCUGGGUCAUGUACACCAGGUCCAUGUACACCAGGUCCAUCUUCACCAGGUUCAUGUACACCAGGGCCAUCUUCACCAGGUUCAUGUGCACCAGGUCCAUCUUCACCUGGGUCAUGUACACCAGGUCCAUGUACACCAGGUGCAUGUACGCCAGCUCCAUGUACACCAGGACCAUGUACGCCAGCUCCAUGCACACCAGGACCAUGUACGCCAGCUCCAUGCACACCAGGUCCAUGUUCGCCAGUUCCAUGUUCGCCAGCUCCAUGUACUCCUGGACCAUGUACACCUGGACCAUUAACACCUGGUCCAUCAACUGGACCAUCAGGUUUAAAUUGCGAUGCAUCUGGAGAGUCUUGCAAAAAUAUGACCGAUGGAACUUUCAUUGCAAGCCCCAAUGAUUGCAACAAGUACAUAGAGUGCUUGAUGGGAUGUGAAAUCAGUAGAGAUUGCCCAAAUGGAACUCAUUUUAGCGCUGAACACAAACAGUGCCUGCUGCCAGCCCAAGCUGGUUGCGAUUCGUCGUAUGAAAAUUAUCAACCUAGCCCACCCGAGCCAGCACCAUGUCCUUGUGCAACAGCUCCUCCACCCGUAAAGCAAACUGAAAGACCAACAUCCAGUUCAAAAGCUCCAUCAUCAACCGCUAAGCCUUCAACACGUCAACCAUUUAAACCGACACCAAAGCCAACACCUCUUCCUAACGGUGGCGGUCAAAGCUCAUGCUCUGGCAAAGAAUCCGGUAAAUUGUUGCCCUUCAUUGGAGACUGCAACAAGUAUAUUGCAUGUGGCGGCGGAACUGCCUACAUUAUGGAUUGUGGCCCCGGAUUCCAUUUUAAUGCACCACUGGAGAUUUGCGAUUAUCCCGAAUACGCUGGUUGUGAUUCUUUGUAUGCUAAGCCUGAUUAUAAUCCAGCUUGUCAAUCUAGAGGAGCUACUUGUUAUGGCAAAGAAAAUGGAAAACUGUUGCCUUAUGCUGGCAUUUGUGAGUGGUUUGUUGCUUGUUUUGACGGAUGUGGUUAUGACAUGGCUUGUGGCAAGGGAUUACAUUUCAAUAAAUAUUCAGAAGUUUGUGAUCGGCCAGAAGAUGCCGGUUGUGACUCUAAAUUACUAUUUCCAAAUAUUCCAAAAACAACAUAAUCAUCUACAACAGAAUCCUCUACGAGUUCAAC